UGCGGGGCUCCUGCGCGCCCUCGCGCUCCCCGCCGCCGGCCGAGCCUCAGGCAGGGCUCAGGCGGCGGCGGGCGGCAUGGAGAGCCUGUUGGAGAACCCGGUGCGCGCCGUGCUCUACCUCAAGGAGCUCACGGCCAUCGUGCAGAACCAGCAGAGCCUCAUCCACACCCAGCGCCAGCGUAUCGACGAGCUGGAGCGGCGUCUGGACGAGCUAAGCGCCGAGAACCGCAGCCUGUGGGAGCACCAGCAGCUGCUGCAAGCCCAGCCUCCGCCCGGGCUCGUUCCCCCGUCGCCAGCCCCUCUGCCGGCUCCCCCGGCCACCGCCGUCGCCACCGGGGCCCAGGAGCCGCUUCAGAACCACGGACAGCUCUCGCCCGCCGCGCGACAGCCCUCGCCCGAGCAGCCACCGCUUCAGCACCACGGACAGCUCCUAGCGCAGCCUCAGCCGGGCCCCAGCAGCAGGGCUCAGGCACCCCAGUCGCACCACCAGCACCCGGUGGCACCCGGGGCUGCUGCAGACAAGGAGAAGGAGCGUCCCCCUAGUUGUUGCGCUGCCGCCGGAGCCCUACUUCAGCACAAAUCCCCCGCCGCCCUCGGCAAGGGCGUCCUGAGCAGGAGACCCGGGAAUGAGACUGUGCUGCACCAGUUCUGCUGCCCAGCGGCCGACACCGAGCAGAAGCCUGCCUGCUCCGACCUGGCCUCCCACAGCGACAGCUCCUGUGCCCAGGCUGGUGGGGGCAUGGAGGACUCCGUGGUGGCAGCGGCGGCGGUGGCAGCCGGCAGACCCAGUGCCCAUGCCCCGAAGGCUCAAGCCCAGGAGCUGCAGGAGGAGGAGGAGCGGCCGGGGGCGGGGGGUGCCUCCCCGCGGGCCGGCCCCCACCGCGCGGCCUCCCCCGGCCAGCAGCAGCCUGCCCUGGCGAUGGCGCUCUGCUCCCACGCCCCUGCCGCCUCCGAUUACGAGCUCUCCCUUGACCUAAAGAAUAAACAGAUUGAAAUGCUAGAACACAAGUACGGGGGCCACCUGGUGUCCCGGCGCGCCGCUUGCACCAUCCAAACCGCCUUCCGCCAGUACCAGCUCAGCAAGAACUUCGAGAAGAUCCGCAACUCGCUCCUGGAGAGCCGCCUGCCGCGGCGGAUCUCCCUGCGCAAGGUGCGCGUGCCCACGGCCGAGAGCCUGGCGGCCGAGAAGGCGCUCAUGGAGGGCUACGGCCUCAUGGGGCUGCCGCUGGUGCGCUCGCCCUCCCUGCCGCCCACCUUCGCGGGCACGCUCACCGAGCUGGAGGACUCCUUCACCGAGCAGGUGCAGUCGCUGGCCAAGUCCAUCGACGACGCCCUCAGCACCUGGAGCCUCAAGACAAUGUGCUCCCUGCAGGAGAGCGGCGCUUACCAGAUCCACCAGGCCCUGCAUGCGGGCGCCGGGCCACCGGGCCUGGAGGCCGAACUGCGGGAGCCCGAGGGCGGCGGCCCAGGGUCCGGGGACGAGGCUGCCGAGGCCGCCGGCCUGCCUCAGGGCCACAGCGGCACCCUCAUGAUGGCUUUCCGGGAUGUCACGGUGCAGAUCGCCAACCAGAACAUCUCCGUCUCCUCCUCCACGGCUCUAUCGGUGGCCAACUGCCUGGGCGCGCAGACGGCCCCGGCCACUGCGGCACCCGCGGCGGAAGAAGCCCGGGUGUCGGAGGACCCCGAGGGCCCCGUUGCGGUUCAGGGGGACGCGCCCUCCAAGGACACGUGCGCAGAGACGAGGGCCGGCGGGGCUGAGCGCGCCAACGGGCUGGGGGCGGCGGAGGCUGUGGCGGAGGAGGCUGCAGCCGCCCCGGAGGCAGAAGAGGAGGAGGAGGAAGAGGAGGAGGAGGAGCAGGAGCAGGAGGCGGGGGAGGUGGGAAAAGGGCCCGAGGCCGGCGACAAUUUCGAGCAGCUGAGCAGCAGCAGCACGUCCACCAAGUCAGCCAAGUCCGGCUCGGAGGUCUCGGCCUCGGCCUCCAAGGAGGCCCUGCAGGCCAUGAUCAGGAGCCUCCCGCGCUACCACUGCGAGAACCCCGCCAGCUGCCAAUCACCCACUCUCUCCACCGACACCCUGCGCAAGCGGCUCUACCGCAUUGGCCUCAACCUCUUCAACAUAAACCCGGACAAGGGCAUCCAGUUCCUGAUCUCGCGCGGCUUCAUCCCCGACACCCCCAUCGGUGUGGCUCACUUCCUCCUGCAGCGGAAGGGCCUGAGCCGUCAGAUGAUCGGGGAGUUCCUGGGCAACAGCAAGAAGCAGUUCAACCGCGAUGUGCUGGACUGCGUGGUGGACGAGAUGGACUUCUCCAGCAUGGAGCUGGACGAGGCCCUGCGGAAAUUCCAGGCCCAUAUCCGUGUGCAGGGGGAGGCCCAGAAGGUGGAGCGGCUCAUAGAGGCCUUCAGCCAGCGCUACUGCAUGUGCAACCCCGAGGUGGUACAGCAGUUCCACAACCCCGACACCAUCUUCAUCCUUGCCUUCGCCAUCAUCCUCCUCAACACCGACAUGUACAGCCCCAAUAUUAAGCCCGACCGGAAGAUGAUGCUGGAGGACUUUAUCCGGAACCUGCGAGGUGUGGAUGACGGCGCUGACAUCCCCAGGGAGCUGGUGGUGGGCAUCUAUGAAAGGAUACAGCAGAAGGAGCUCAAGUCCAACGAGGACCACGUCACGUACGUCACCAAGGUGGAGAAGUCCAUCGUGGGCAUGAGGACAGUGCUGUCGGUGCCCCACCGCCGCCUUGUCUGCUGCAGCCGGCUCUUCGAGGUGACCGAUGUGAACAAGCUGCAGAAGCAGGCUGCGCACCAGAGGGAGGUGUUCCUUUUCAACGACCUGCUGGUGAUUCUCAAACUCUGCCCGAAGAAGAAGAGCUCCUCCACGUACACCUUCUGCAAGUCAGUUGGCCUGCUGGGAAUGCAGUUCCACCUCUUUGAGAAUGAAUAUUACUCUCAUGGUAUCACACUGGUGACCCCGCUCUCGGGCUCUGAGAAGAAGCAGGUGCUGCAUUUCUGUGCCCUGGGCUCGGACGAGAUGCAGAAGUUUGUGGAGGACCUGAAGGAGUCCAUCGCCGAGGUGACGGAGCUGGAGCAGAUCAGGAUAGAGUGGGAGCUGGAGAAGCAGCAGGGAGCAAAGACCCUGUCCUUCAAGCCUGGCGGAGCCCAGGUGGAGCCUGAGUCCAAGCAGGGAUCGCCUACAGCCAAAAGGGAGGCAGCACUGGGGGAGAAGCCGGCGGAGAGCACGGUGGAGGUGUCAAUUCACAACAGGCUUCAAACGUCCCAGCACAGCUCCGGGCUGGGGGCCGAGAAGGGAGCGCCGGUGCCGCUUGCAGACCUGCAGUCUAGCCCCCUGCGAGAGCCCCCACCGCUGCCGCCACCGCCGCCCACACCCCCGGGGACCCUGGUACAGUGUCAGCAGAUUGUCAAGGUCAUCGUCCUGGACAAGCCCUGCCUGGCCCGCAUGGAGCCCCUGCUGAGCCAGGCCCUCACCUGCUACGCCUCCUCCUCGUCUGACUCCUGUGGCUCCACCCCGCUGGGCGGCCCGGGCUCCCCGGUCAAGGUCAUCCACCAGCCCCCACUGCCCCCGCCCCCGCCCCCCUACAACCACCCACACCAGUUCUGCCCUCCCGGCCCCCUGCUGCACCGGCGCCGCCACUCCAGCGGCUCCAGGAGCCUGGUGUAGACUCUGCCCACCCCGGGGCCCAGGAGGGCCGGCUGCACCCCGUCCCCUGGCACAGUGCCGUCCUGGUCUCUGAUCACCGUCGUUUUGGAAGGGGAACCCUGGUCCCUGGAGUCUGGUCUUGCCUCUCCCGACCGUGCUUUCCUCCCCCAGUUGGGCACCCUCUCCCCCCGAUCUGGAGAUGCCACCUCACUCUCCCGGGGCCCUGCACAGCCCCCAUAGCCAGGCCGCCUCCUCUUGCCACCACUCCCCCUAGUCGGACCGCGGAUUAGAGGAAGCAGGAGGUAAGGUCCUAACCUCGGGCCUUUUAGUCUGUUAGUGCCAAGUUGGGCAGGAGCAGGGGCCGGACUGGCCAUCGGAGGGAGUUGGCCGGGCUCACCACCUGGGCCAAUUCGGGGUGGAGGAGGGUCGGCACCUGCUCCCUAGAGGGGCCAUGUGGGCAGGCGGUGGGAGGAGAGGCGGCUCUCUCUGCUGCCCUCCACCCCCAGCCUGACAGGCUCAGGGGGCAGCUCCCCUGUCCACAUGGACCUCCCCUGCGCCCCAAAGCCUCUCUUGCUUUUUCAGGGGCUGGGGGCUCUGCCUGCCUAGGGCUGUCCAGACUGGAAGUCCCAGGCUCCAGGAAAGCUACGAGCCAGGGAGGAGGGAAGGGGGAGACCCUCAGCUCCAGUGGCCAGUUCAGCAGGGCCCUGGAACACUGGGGUCCUAGAGCUACAAGAUGCACCUUUUUGAGAGUUUCUUAGUUCCUUUGCACCAAAUGCUCAGUCAACCCACAGAUAAACACGUGUGAGAACCAGGUUAAUUUUGUCCUUUGUGAAGCAGAAACAGGGAGAAAGGGCAGUGAUUUGCCCAGGGGGCGGAUGCAGCCAGCAGAGGUAGGAUUUAGACCAUGUCAGGGCUGCCUCUUGCUUCUGUUGCCUCCAGGGGGAAUUUGGGUGCAGAGGUGGGUGAGAAAGCAGGCGCUCCAGAGGCACUCGCCUUUCCCCUGCUGCCAUCCCAAACCGGCCCCUCGGGCCUUAAAUCUUCCCUCCUGGAAAGCACCAGACCUGCCCCAGCAGGGGGGUUGAAAGUGUCCUCGAACCCUCAAAAUUGCCAGGAGAGUCAAGCAGGAACUUCUGGAUGCUCUUUGACUCCUCCAGUGCUGAGCAGAAUUGGAGAUCAACUUUUAAACAGAUCCCCCCAGAGCCAGGCUUCCAGAAGGGCCCCAGCCCUGGCCCUGAGGGUGGUGUCAGGCUCUGCUGCACCCAGCGCCGAGCCAGCCGGGACUGUCUGGUCAUCACGCCAGCAGCUCAUCACUGCCCUUCGUUAGGGUCCCCUCCCAACUUGGAACCCAAGUUAACGUGGCCUCAGAGGUGCCAGAGGGUACUGGCAAAGUCUGAAGUGAAUCAGCUUCUCUCCCAGCCCUGACCUGAAGCAGAACCCUGGGCCAGCUGGAAGCAGAGUCUUGCCCGCGCCCUGAGGUGCAGAGAUGACCUAGUUUUGUGUCUGUGUGUGGUCACCCAGACGUCAUAAUGAUGUCACCCAGUGAGUUUAUUUCUGGCCCUGUCAGCCCAGGUUCUAUAACUUGCAGCCUGUUUGCCACCCUCUUCCCUUUGUGCCCCCAGCCCAGCUGCUCAGCCCUGUCCAUGCUGCGUGGACCCAACCCUGCCUUGUCUGUAAACAGGACGCUGCCAUUUGCACCUUUAGGAAUGGAGCAGCCGGCAGGUGGGUGCACAAAUCUAGCCACUCCUGACACCCUGGUCGAGGCAGGAAUUGUCCUUAAAGAGUGAAGGCCUGGGCAGCAGGCACCAGGGACCCGCGGUGGGGUGGAGUUGGGUACUAGAGUGGACGAGUCUCAAAGGAGGACACGGGGAGAGAGAAUUAUGAAGGGGAGGUGGAGAGAACAAGUUAUGAAGGAAGAUAAGCCAUGUGUGUGGCUAGAUAAUUGGGUGACAGGAACCAUGGAUACGGGGGGCUGCAGAAGAAGGGGCCCUGGCCUGGGCAGCCCCGUCUGCCUGCUGAGCUCUCCUGUUCAUGGCUCCUCACAGUUUGCACAGUGCCCUCCUUUCCUAUUGACGGGCGCAGCUACUUUGUGAGGUCGGCCGGCCCCUCCCUCUCACCUCCGCCAGAUUGGGGACCAGGAGGGGUCUCAGGGUGAUGCAUAUGUGGAGCGUUGCCCGCGAGGAUCGGGGCUGCAGCAUCCCAGUGCCCCUUCUGCGUGGUAGAGGCUUGUACCUGGGAUAUCUUAGGGGCGGCCCUGGGCCACGUGGUGGCCUGGGGGUUCUGCCCGAGGAAGCAGACCAGCCUCCAGUCUGCAGCACCUGGAGCCAAUCCUGGGCUGCCAGGGGCAUUUAAUCCCCAGAGCCUGGGGCAAAAUACAGCUGGCCCUCCUCACUCUCAGGGGGAGAAGGGUUCCCUGCACCUGCAGCCCCACCUCUGCCCACCUUUCUCCCCCAGAGCCCUGGGAACUGCCUCCUGCCCCCAGCCCUAAGCAGCAACCAUGUCAGGGUCCCAGGUUCUCCCAAGGACCCAGCUGAAGAUGUUCUUGGGCCAAGAUGGAGAGGGGAGUGGAGUGUGGCUGAGCCCCAAGGCACAGCCUCCAGUCCCAGGCCCCAGCUUCCAGGGUCCAGGCCCAAUUAACCCGAGAAGGUCCACUGUCAAAUCUCUAGGCCUUACUUGGGGACCUGGGCUCCUCUCCCAAUUUUAUCCAUUUGGCCCCAACCCCCAAGUCAGUAGUGGAGGCUGAAGCUAUGUUUGCCACCCACUCUUGCACAAAUCCCACCUCCAGACCUGAAGCAAGACCCAGCCCUGGCAGUCUGUCCCAGAAGCCUGUCUGUCUGUCUCCAAAGACAUGUUGGCUCAUGCACACACUCUUAUCAACCCUGGGCCCCUGAUCCCUGAAGUCCUUGACUCCCCACCCACCUGUUCCCUGUAGCCUGCCAGAAUGUCUCUUUGUACCCAGUAGACUCCCCUGAUAACCAUCUGUCUGUCAGUCUUUGAGUCCGGAUGUACACAAGAGCCCUGGGAAAUGCCUCCUGCCCCUCUUGAUGCACCACCCCACUCCCCUCAACACCUCUCCACCCACUGGAGAGAAACCUCUCCAGGGAAAGGCAGGUGGCUGCACCCAGCAACUAAUCCAAAUGGCAAAUAUUUUGUAACAAAAUAGCCCAGAGGUAUUUUAUCUGUUCAAUUCAUAGAGUUUUAGAGAUUAUAUUGAAAUA